AUGAACGACAGAAGCCACAUUUCAAAAAGUCUCAUCUCUCAGAGUGACAUUUCUGUGUUCACAUUUGAGGACCUCGUUCCAGUCGCAUCAGUCAGCUCUAGGAAGAAUCAGGACCGGUUCCAAACUCGCAAAUGUCACAGAAAAAUAGUAAAAACAGAAGAACGUUCCAAAGCCGCCGUCCUGGAGCCGCUCCUGGAGCCGCCCCUGGAGCCGCCCCUGGAGCCGCUCCUGGAGCCGCCCCUGGAGCCGCCCCUGGAGCCGCUCCUGGAGCCGCUCCUGUGUCGACGCCGCUACAUGUUCAUUAUGGAUCUGUUUCUGUGUUUGUUUUGA